AUGGCGCAAAGUCCCAUAAUCCAAUCCGCCUACGCGCCCCACCCCACGCUCACAAUGAAAGCCGCCGUCUGGAACGGCGCGCGCGACAUCGCCAUCGACGACGUGCCCAAGCCCAUCAUCACCGCCCCGCGCGACGCCAUCGUCCACGUCACGCACUGCACCAUUUGCGGCUCCGACCUACACAUGUACGACGGUUCCCUCGACAGCGCCAUGAACAAGGGCGACAUCAUGGGCCACGAAGCCAUCGGCGUCAUCGAGGACGUCGGGCCCGAGGUCCGCCACCUGCGCCGCGGCGACCGCGUCAUCAUCAUGCCCGUCAUCGCCUGCGGCGACUGCUUCUACUGCGCCCGCGAAGAAUACUCCCUCUGCGACCGCACCAACCCCAGCGACGCCAUGGACGCCAUGUACGGCCACCGCCUGGCCGGCGUCCUCGGCUACACCCAGCUGUGCGGCGGCUUUCCCGGCGACCAGGCCGAGUUUUGCCGCGUGCCCAACGCCGACCUCGUCUGCGUCAAGAUCCCCGACGACGUCGCGCCCAAAAAGGUCCUCGGCCUCGCCGACGUCACCGUCACCGCUUGGCACGGCUGCGAGCUCGCCGAGGUCGGCGAGGCGGAUAUUGUCGGCGUUUGGGGCUGCGGGCCCGUCGGCCUGUCUAUUCAGCGCCUCGCUAAGCUGCGCGGCGCCCGCAAGGUGUACGCCAUGGACCGCGACCCGAACCGCCUCCGCAUCGCCGAGUCCUUUGGCAUGAUCCCCGUCGACGUCUCCGCUGCCGGCUACCGGAGCGAGAUUUCUACCAAGCACAAGAUCAUGAAGGCCGUCGGCGUCGAGGGUGACAGCGGCGACACCUUGACCGACAUCAUCAAGGCUACCCGCAAGAGGGGCAACGUUGCCCUCAUUGGCGACUUCUUCUUCACCACAAACAACUUCCCCAUCGGCGCGCUCAUGGAAAAGGGCAUCACCUACAUCCAAAAACUCUUGGAGCUCGUUUUGACCGGUAAAUACGAUCCUUCGUGGAUGUUUACCGCCGAGGACCGGCUCGAAAACGUCGGCGAGUGCUACGACAAGUUCUUCUCGCACGAGAUCCCCGGUGGACUCAAAGUCGUGCUGAAGACGGAGUACGGGCGUCAGCUUGAGGCUGCCGGCAGAUACGCGUAA